AUGUCAGCCACCGAUAAAUCAUCAUUGGCUUUUUCCGAACAGCAUUAUUUCUCCUCGUAUGACCAUUUCGGCAUCCACGAGGAGAUGCUUAAAGACACAAGCAGAACAUUGGCCUACCGCUCGGCCAUGUUCAAGAAUAAGCACUUGUUCAAGGACAAAAUUGUGUUGGAUGUUGGUUGUGGAACAGGCAUUUUGUCUAUGUUUGCUGCCAAAGCUGGAGCCAAACAUGUCUACUCGGUCGAUAUGUCCAAUAUCAUUGAGAAGGCUCGUGAGAUUGUCAGCUUGAACGGUUUCGACGACAAAAUCACGUUGUUGCAAGGCAAGUUGGAGGACAUUGACUUGCCAGUUGACAGCGUGGACAUCAUUGUUUCAGAGUGGAUGGGCUACUUCUUGUUGUACGAGUCCAUGUUGGACACUGUAUUGUACGCCAGAGACAAGUAUCUUGUGGAAGGAGGUUUGAUUUUGCCAGACAAGUGUGCGAUGUACAUUGCGGGCAUUGAAGACGGCCAGUACAAAGACGAGAAGAUCCACUACUGGGAAGACGUGUACGGAUUUGACUACUCUCCGUUCAUCAAAGUGGCCAUGGCUGAGCCUAUGGUGGACACGGUACAAAACCUGGCGUUGAUCACCACGCCGUACAAGUUUUUCGAGUUCGACAUCAACACCGUUACCAAGGAGCAAUUGACCUUCCACACAAAAUUCUCGUUGAAGGCCAUUGACAACGACAUGUGCCAUGCGUACAUUGUGUGGUUUGACUGCGAUUUCCCCGGAUCGGAGAAAGUGACGUUGCCUACCGGACCCAUGGCUCCAUACACUCACUGGAAACAAACGGUUUUCUACAUGGACCAGGUGCUCGAUUUGAAAAAGGGCGACCUCAUCGAAGGAUCCAUUGCCUCGCGGCCUAACGCCAUCAAUCCACGUGAGGUGGACAUUGAAAUCGAAUGGAAGGUGCAAACCGAAGCCCAGGAUGAAAGCAGGGAGCAGAAGGGUAAAUACAACUACUUCAUGCGCUAG